AUGUCGAGUUUAUUUAGUAGAAUAUUUAAAAGAAAUAGGAAUGAUGGUGGUAGUUAUCAACAGGUUGGUGGCGAUGCUGACCUGCAACAAGAACAACAGAAUGUAGAGAGAGAGAAUCUGUUUGACAGAGCAUGUCCAGAGGAAAGUGCAUCGAUACCGAAUAGAAUGUUCUUUUUCUGGGCACAGAGAAUGAUGAUGACCGGCUACCGAACUCCACCAUUGCAGCUGACCGAUCUCUGUAGAGCGCCCGACGCCGUCAAAGUCGAGAACACUCAAGACUACAUGCACAACAUCGAUUUCACAAAAAAUUCUGAAAACGUAAGUAUAACUAAAGUUUGCGAUAAUAAUUUUUAA